AUGUCAUCAUCAGAGUUUGACUUGGAGUCAAACGCAAGUGAAUCUAGCUAUGCAGAUUAUGUUGAUCGAUUAAGGGUCAAGAAGCCUGCCUCCUUACCUGGAGAUUUACAGCAUGCUCAACCUUUUGAAAGAUACAAUAGAAACGAUAAAGUUUCUGCAGAAUUCUAUGGUAGAUAUGACAGAAUUCCCACACAUAGUGCUGAAUCGACACAGCCCCAUGUGAGGCAUUCAUUUGAACCUCAGUCUCGGUCUAGGGCCAUUCAAAUGUUGAAAAGUGAACAACCAGCGGCAGGAAAAGAAAAAGACUUUGAAACACAUAUGGAUGAAAAGGCCCUUACUCCAGGGGAACCUCAACAUGAGGUCGGAUUCGAACAAAGGAUAGGUGAGGACUUAGAAAAUCAAGGUGCACAUUACAUAGGAAAUGAAGGUGAGGAAUAUUUAGGAAAUCAAACUCGGUUUUCUGAAGACCUAAAGACAAAGAUGGAGGGGACAUUUGUCUUAACUUGUGCUGAAACAAGGAGAUCUCCACACAUUGCUGCACAGAGAUCUCCAAACAUUGCUGCAAUGGAUGAAUUUUCUAGACCCAGCCCAAUCAAACCACUGAAGGAAAUACUUUCCAGUGAGACAAGUAUUACACAAGAGGAUACUGUGAAGAGCACAGAACAAUUUGAACAACCACCCAGCUCUGCUGAAAACCGCUAUGAGAACAUUGAAAGUGAAUGUGAAGAUAAACUUUUAGCCUUGAGGAUUAGAAAAUGGCAAAAGGGAAUGCAGAUGGACCAAGAGGAACAGUUUGAGAAUGAAACAGAGCAUUCGAAGGCAAGGGAUUCGCCAUACAUGCGAUCUGAAAUGCAUAUUUAUGGUGAGGAGAUAGAGACAAAAACAGCGAUAGAAACUGUCAGAGAGGAGAAACAUUGGGAAGAGCAUCAUAUAUCCCAGGAAAAGGUCCUCUUAUCCCAGGAAAAUGUUUAUGGAUUGAAGAGUGGAACUGAACAGAAUUGGUCCCUUUCCCAAACCAAAGAGAAGAGUGCCAGUGAGAGAACACAAGAAGAGCACCGUGUAUCCCGGGAAGAUGCUCACUUAACUCUGGAAGAGCUCCACGUACCCCAAGAAAAUAUUAAUGGAUUGAAGGUUGAAACCGAACAGAAUUUGUCCCGUUCCCCAAAAGAGAGCCAUGCCAAUAUUUAUGGUGAGGAGCAAGAGAGAAAAACUGCAACAGAAACUGAGUCAUUCACUUUCCAACAUUUGCCCUGUUCUCCAAAAGAGAGUCGUGCAGAGAGUAGUGGGGAAAAAACUUGGGAAGAGCACCAUUUAUCCCUGGAAAAGGUCUGUUUAUCCCAGGAAAAUAUUGUCCCUUUCCAGAAUUUGCCCCUUUCCCAAACAAAAGAGAGGAGAGCCAGUGUGAACAAAACAGGAGAAGAGCACCAUUUAUCCCAGGAUAAUAUUUCUGGAUUGAAGAGUGACAGUGAACAGAAUUUGCCCCGUUCCCCAAGAGAGAGGCGUGCCAGUGAAAAGAAAACACGAGAAGAGCACCAUGUAUCCCAGGGAGGACUUCACUUAUCCCGUGAAGAGCUCCACUUAUCCCAGGAAAAUAUUUAUGAAUUAAAGAGCGAAAGUGAAAAGUUUGGGAGUGAGGAAGAGGCUCUGGCACAUCGAAUCAUGAAAUGGCAGCAAGACGUUUUGACUGAGCAGGAGAAAGCUGUUGACUUGGAUUCUGAUUGGGUUGGUGCAGAUUACUCAUCCUAUGUUGCUAGAAAACGGUCUGAGUCAAAAAUGGCUGCUGAGGGCACUACUCUUGGAUCAACCGCUCACUCUGAGGCAGAUUCAGCGAGAAGAAGAAAGCCUUCCCCAGAAAAGACAGACUAUGAAAAGUUCCUGACUGAGGAUGUCCCUCAUGAUUUCAGAGAUGAGAGAAGGUCCACACAAGAAAAGACAGUGAAGGAACAUGUCCUUACUGAGAAGGAUAUCGCUCCUGAAUACAGAUAUGACAGCUCCUCACCAGAAAAGACGGCAGAUGAAACGUUCCUGACUGAGGAUGCCCCUCAUGAGUACAGAGAUGUAAGAAGAAAGUAUUCUGCAGAAAAUACAACAAAGGAAAUGCUUCUCCGUGAUGAUACAGCCCAUGAAGGCCCAAGAAGGCCUUCUCCAGAAAAGAUGACGAAGGAAAGGUUCUUGAGUGAGCAUGCCCCUCAUGACUACAGAGAUGAAAGCAGAUCUUCGCCAGAAAGGACAGCAAAGGAAAAGUCCCAGAGUAAGGAUGUCCAUGAUUUCAAAGAUGAACGUUUCCAGUGGCCCCCUCCUCCACAAACUGUUAUUGAUGAAACAAGGUUGCAGACCGAGAGUGAGUAUUUUGUGAGCGAAGAGGAAGCUUUGGCUCAGCGCAUCUUAAAAUGGCAAGAAGAUGUUCUCACCGAACAAGAAGAAGCUGUUGAAUUAGAGUCCAACUGGGCUUUGGCUGAACAUUCACAACACCCAAAGAAAACCGAUGCCAGUGGACCUCAUGAAGGUUACUCUAAUGAACCUGUGAAAGAACACUCACCUGUGAGAGAACCCUCCCCUAUAAGACAACAUCACAUUGGUCAGCAUGAGAGUUCAUAUUUUGAACCAGUCUCUUAUCAGAAUGAGAAGUCUCAAACAAUGUCCCUUGGGUCCUCACCUGUGAGAGAACGAUCAUCUGUGAAUGAACGCUCGCCUGUGAAAGAACGCUCUCCUGUUAAAGAGUGCUCUCCUGUGAAAGAAUCCUCACCUAUGAGACAACAUCGAAUUGGUGAGCAUGUCUCUCAAGAGGAUUGGGCUAUGGCUGAACUUUCACAACACCAUCAUCAGAGAACUUACGCCAGUGGAGAUGAUGCCAAUGAAGGUCCUUCUUAUGAACCUGUUUCUCAUCAUAUAGAGAAGUUUCAUCAAAUGUCACUUGGAUUUCACUCACCUGUGAGAGGGUCCUCACCAAUUAGAGGGUCCUCACCAGGGAGAGAAACCUCACCUGGUAGAGAGCCCUCCCCUGGCAGAGAACGCUCACUUGGGAGAGGUCGAUCACCUGUGAAAGAAGGCUCACCUGGUAGAGAAGCCUCAACUGGGAGAGGCCGUUCACCUUUGAAAGAACAUCACGUUGGUCAGCAUGGCUCUCAAACCGAAGUUGGUGCAGAAGGGCCUUCCAAUUGGGAAUCAGGAUUGAGACCCGAUGAAAAAAAGUGUCAAUGAGGACCACAGAGAGGAAAGAAGAACACAGAGAAAUGCUAUCAAAAGAUGCCAAACACGACCUUCACCAAAUGGACAUGCCUCAGAGGACAAAAGAAUUUGAUACGACUUCACCAAAAACAUCCCUACCUAUCUUUGUGAGAGAAAUCUCAUCCAUGAAAGUAAAGAGGGGAGAGAUGACAGAUUUUAAAUGUCGUUUCCGGGGAGACCCUCAACCAACUGUCACUUGGCUCAAAGAUGACCAACCAAUCGGUCAAAACCCAGACUUUGAUGUUCUCAUCAAAUUGAAUGAAACCACGUUAACCAUCUACUAUCCGACUAUAUACCAUGAGGGGACAUUUACUUGUGUUAUCACUAAUACAUUUGGAAAGUCAACCUCCUCUGCCACACUAGAAGUUACUGAGAGUGAGCAAUUAAGAAAAUCACCAUCGCCAGUGGCCUCACGUAAAGUGAAAGUGACAACAGAGUAUGAAAUGAGUGAAGAAGAUCUUGACCAAAUUAUUGACAAGGAACUUGAAUCGUACAUGGACGUUAAAACGGAUGAGAAAUCCUUUCUACAGGUGCCUCAGGCUGUCUUGCACAGACCUCGUGCUUCAGACUCACAAUAUUCUACUUCUCAUGUCGAGAUCAGGAUCACUGCUCCAACACCAGUCCCAUUCGAAAUGAUUGAAAAAGACGCAGAGACGUCUGAGGACGAUGGUAGUUCUCAUCCUAUGAAACACAAAUUCACAUUCUCCUAUGAUCCGAGUGAUGCCGCUAAGGUAGUCAUUAAAUCUGAGAACAUAAGCUCUUCAGAAGGCCAGACCAGUAAGGUUGAAAGGAGUUCUGAUGUGUCCUUCCAACCUGCUGUUGCUAUUGCUAUUGCUUCUGAGGUAGAAGCAGACAUGGCAGGUGAGAGCAAACAGUAUAUACUAUCCGAAUUUUCAGAAGAUUUGAGGCAUUCCCCUCUGAGCCAUACUAGUUAUAUUACUAAUCAGGCAUUAAUGCAGAAUCUGGACAAAUCUCUAGGUUCCCACAGCCUUAAAGAUAAUGUUCCAAACGUAACUAAACCAAAGCAAAGUGUUUCAAAAGAAGCACCUACUAUUACUGGGUGUGGUCUGCAAUCAUCUGCUGCAGUAGUCCAAGUGUCACAAAUUAAGCAGGCCUUUGAGGCACCUGUGUUGUCAGAGGCACCUGAAUUGUCAGAUAUCACUGUUGAUGAAGUGAAAAAGUCCACAGAGUCGUAUUUCCCUGAGGAUAUCCCAGAAGUUUCAAUCCAUCCUGAUCAGGAUGAUAUGUCAUUGGUAACUAAUGUUGUGGAAGGAACUCCACUUCAGGCCAAACAAGACACUAUAUUAGUAGAAGGUAGUUAUACACAGAUUUCGAGAGCAAAGUCAAUUUCCCCCAAAAGUGGACCAGAGGUAGAAAGUACACAAAUUUCGACCAAAGCGAAGACAGUCUCUCCAAAAAGUACCCCAGAGCGUGGCCAGACCAUGUCUACUACUCAGGAGGAAGACAAUGAAAUCUGUAUGAUUUCAGGAGAAACUGUUGAGGAAGCUGGCGUAAUUGACACCCAUGGUGACUUAAAACACUUUGUUCCCCUCUCAAGUGUAGCAGAGGUGCAGGAGUCACCAAAAAUUGUCAGACCUGAGGCAGUUAAGGCAGUAAAGACUAGCCAUUCACCAGAAAGUAUAGGACCUGGUGUAAUCGAUGAAAGUAUGGAAGAGGACAGUGGAAGUGCAUUUGUCAGCACUGGCAGUAGCUUCAUUCCUUGUGAGAAAGUCCCAAUGUCGGAGACCCCAGAUGAUGUUUCACCGUCAGUUGGUGAUGAGGUUGUAAAGCCAAAAAGAUUAUCUGGCUCAUUUGCAGCUCCAGAAGUUCAGAGAUUGGACACUGAGUCUUCUGUUGGCGAGGACAUGACUGACAUUAAUGAAAACAUGUCUAUAUCUGAACGCUCAAAGGGUAGCGCAUUUGUCAGUGUUAGUGGGGCACGUAGUGAAAUUGUUAGUGAAGAAACUGCAGAGGAAAAUGAGGAACAUGCUGAUGCUGAGAGUGGUGAGCCUUCAGUGGUUUCAAAAUCAGUGAGUAUUAAGCUCAAAGAAGAUGGUUUUACAGAUUAUCUUGCUGCACAAGGUUCACAACAGCAAGCAGAGGCUAAAGCAGAUAGUGAUUAUCUAAGUACGGCUGUCAGUCAAGGUGCUACAGGUGUGACCUCACUUGAGGAGGAGGCAGUGACCUUCAGUACUGUUUAUGACUACUACAACCCACCAACUGAGUGGGGCAGACCCCUAUCACCAGAGUCGGAGAUGUCCAUUGAGUGUGGUAGCACAUUUAGUGAGGAAUUAACAGAAAUCGAGCGAUUCUAUACGCCAGCUUCUUCAACUGAAAUUUCGCUGCUCCCGAAAUCUCCCGAAUCUUUCCACACUCCUGAAACUGAAACCCCAGCAGGUUAUAUGACCCCUAAUGAGUAUGCCUUCUCUCCUCUUGAACGUAAAAGACCAUCUACUGACACCAGUGAGAGGUUAUUUUCUCCUGCUAAGUUCUUGAGGUCACCCGAUGAUGAGGGCAUUGAGACAACCCCCCCUGCAUUUAGCUUAGAGGAAGAAAUCUUCCUCUCAGAGCGUGCCCUUGGCCUUGGAGGACUACAGGAAAAAGUCCAGGGAAUCCCUCCGGCUUUCCUCAAACCUCUCACCAAAAGGAGAGUUUUUGAACAAGAUUCAUUAUCAUUUUACGCUGAGGUUUUUGGGUUGCCUUCACCUGAAGUGAAGUGGUUUAGAAACAAAACCCAGCUUGUUGCAGAAGAAAGGAUUACAAUGGAUAGAGAUGGCGACAAUAUCACACUUGUUAUUCAGAACAUUACAAAAGCUGAUCAAGGUGAAUAUAUUUGCGAAGCUGUUAACUAUGUAGGGGAGGCAAAAAGCGUUGCACUAGUUGUAGUUAUAUCCAACGAGGCCAGAUAUAUGCCCCCACCACCAGCAGUCACCCAUCAGCAUGUGAUGGAGUUUGAUGUUGAGGAAGACGAUGACUCAUCGAGGUCUUGCUCCCCUCAGGAGAUUCUAUUAGAGGUGGAGCUGGAUGAAAACGAGGUUAAAGAGUUUGAGAGACAGGUGAAGAUAAUUACCAUCCCAGAAUACACUGCUGACAAUAAAAGUAUGAUAAUAUCACUCGAUGUUCUCCCGAGUAUGUACGAGGAGAGUGGAGUUGACUUUGUAACACAGGAAAGGGAUGAUUUAAAAAUAGCUUUUGAGGUUACAGAAAUGCCACCGCGCUUCAUCAACCCAAUUUGUGAUAUGGAAACCCCCGAAAAUACAACUGUAAUGUUUGAGUGUUCUCUGAUGGGAAUUCCCUCUCCGAUAGUAUCAUGGUUUAAAGGUAACAAGAAGAUCCCUCACGAUAACAAGAAAUACUUGUACUCGUCUGAUGGAGACAAUCAUUUCCUAAAGAUCAGGAAAGUAAGCGCUCAUGAUAGUGGAAUAUACACCUGCAGGGCCAUCAAUGUGGUUGGGGAAACUCUUUGCAGGGCAUCUCUUCUUGUGUUGAAUCCUAAAAGCUUUAUAGGGAAAACAAGAGGAAGAGAAUUGACAGCUGUGUCUCUUGGUAGUGCUAAAGUUCAGCCUCAAAAGUUUGACUUAGUUGUUGGGAAUGAGUUUGACGGUGAGCAGGCAUCAGAAAUAGAGCUGGAAUUUGAAUUCGAGCAGGAAGCUGAUGAAUCACAAAAAGCUGUUAGACUUGUAGCCAUGACAGACAAUGAGAUGAGCGAGCAGGGAGAGAAAUAUGUCAGUAUAAAUUUUGACGUUUUCGCAGAGCCCGCCAAAGAUGAUAAAAUAGAAUUCAAAGGAAAGUCAUCAGAAUCGUGUAGUUUCCAGUUUCAAAUGACUGAAACUCCACCAAAAUGCAUUAUUCCUUUGACAAACGUCACUGCAGCAGUAGGAACUCCAGUGGUCCUCCAGUGUUUAGUUAAUGGUAAACCUCAUCCCACUGCUGAAUGGUACAAAGAUGGGGAUCCAGUGAAAGACACUAGGUACAUGAUCCAAGAGAAAGCAUCUGGACAUUUUAAUUUGAUCAUAACAAAUGUCACCCAAAAUGAUGCCGGGGAGUACAAGUGCCUUAUCCAAAACAAAUCUGGAUAUACUGAAACAACUGCUUUGUUGAAAGUGUUCUAA